AAUAGGCGAUGCUCAUACCAGUUGUGUCAGCAUCAUCCAGAGACCAUCGAGCACAUCUUGUGGGAUUGCUCGCGGGCGCAAGAAGUUUGGGAAAGCUGGCUUCCCCAGUGGACUGGGCACUAUCUUCAUCGUGAAGAGCUUACUGCACUACUAUCGCAUCUAGCUUCUCGCACGGCACCGACCGCAUCAGCAGUUUUU